GGCACCCUGGGCGGAUGCCCGAAGACUCCGCCUUCCCAAGAGCCCCUGCGGCGGGGCGGAAAGAUGGCGGCAUCGGCCAGACAACCCUAAAGCAGCGGCAAUGGAGCCUCCGUCGUCGCCGGGGCCGGAGCGGCUCUUUGAUUCGCACCGGCUCCCGGGUGACGGCUUCCUGCUCCUCGCGCUACUACUCUACGCUCCAGUCGGGUUCUGCCUCCUCGUCCUGCGCCUGUUUCUUGGGAUCCACGUCUUCCUGGUCAGCUGCGCGCUACCAGACAGUGUCUUUCGCAGGUUCGUGGUACGGACCAUGUGUGCAGUGCUGGGGCUCGUGGCCCGGCAGGAGGACUCUGGACUGCGGGAUCACCGUGUCAGGGUCCUCAUUUCCAACCACGUGACACCUUUCGACCACAACAUAGUCAACCUGCUCACCAGCUGUAGCACCCCUCUACUCAAUAGUCCCCCAAGCUUUGUGUGCUGGUCUCGGGGCUUUAUGGAGAUGGAUGGUCAGGGCGAGUUGGUGGAGUCACUCAAGAGAUUCUGUGCUUCAACAAGGCUUCCCCCUACCCCUCUGCUACUAUUUCCCGAGGAAGAGGCCACCAAUGGCCGGGAGGGGCUCCUGCGCUUCAGUUCCUGGCCAUUUUCUAUCCAGGAUGUGGUACAGCCUCUUACCCUGCGAGUCCAGAGACCCCUUGUCUCCGUGACGGUGUCAGAUGCAUCCUGGGUCUCAGAACUGCUGUGGUCACUUUUCGUCCCUUUCACGGUGUAUCAAGUAAGGUGGCUCCGUCCUGUUCAUCGACAGCUGGGGGAGGGGAGUGAAGAGUUUGCCCUCCGUGUACAACAGCUGGUGGCCAAAGAAUUGGGCCAGACGGGGACACGACUCACUCCAGCAGACAAAGCAGAGCACGUGAAGCGACAGAGACACCCCAGAUUGCGCCCGCAGUCAGCCCAGUCUUCUUUCCCUCACUCCCCUGGCCCUUCUCCUGAUGUGCAUCUGGCAACUCUGGCUCAGAGAGUGAAGGAGGUUUUACCCCAUGUUCCACUGGGCGUCAUCCAGAGAGACCUAGCCAGGACUGGGUGUGUAGACUUGACCAUCACUAACCUGCUUGAGGGAGCCGUAGCUUUCAUGCCUGAAGACAUCACUGAGGGGACCCAGUCCCUUGCCACAGCCUCCACUCCCAAGUUCCCCAGCUCUGGCCCGGCAACCCCUCAGCCCACAGCCCUCACAUUUGCCAAGUCCUCCUGGGCCCGGCAGGAGAGUCUACAGGAGCGAAAGCAGGCGCUGUAUGAAUACGCGAGAAGGCGAUUCACAGAGAGGCAGGCCCAGGAGGCUGAUUGAGUACAGGAUGGCACCCAGAGCCGCAGGACGGAGACUGGGGGCAGCCCUCACCCAACUCACAACAGGCCGGAUGGGUGGGUGCUAAGGGGAGGAAUGGGGCUCCCCCCAGUGUCACAUUAAAUUCAGGGUUUUCACUCAA